GAAGGGUUGAAAGGCGGAUCGGAGCGGCCAGCUGGGUCAGAGCGGAGCACGGGCAGGAUGGACGAAGACGUGCUGACCACGCUUAAGAUCCUCAUCAUCGGCGAGAGUGGGGUGGGGAAGUCCAGCUUGCUCUUGAGGUUCACAGAUGAUACUUUCGAUCCAGAACUAGCAGCAACAAUAGGUGUUGACUUUAAGGUGAAAACCAUUUCAGUGGAUGGAAAUAAGGCUAAACUUGCAAUAUGGGACACUGCUGGUCAAGAGAGGUUUAGAACAUUAACUCCCAGCUAUUAUAGAGGUGCACAGGGUGUGAUAUUAGUUUAUGAUGUCACAAGAAGAGAUACCUUUCUUAAACUGGAUAACUGGUUAAAUGAAUUGGAAACAUACUGCACGAGAAAUGACAUAGUAAACAUGCUGGUUGGAAACAAAAUUGAUAAGGAAAACCGUGAAGUUGAUAGAAAUGAAGGCCUGAAAUUUGCACGAAAGCAUUCUAUGUUAUUUAUAGAGGCGAGUGCAAAAACCUGUGAUGGUGUACAAUGUGCCUUUGAGGAACUUGUUGAAAAGAUCAUUCAGACGCCUGGACUGUGGGAAAGUGAGAACCAGAAUAAAGGAGUAAAACUGUCACACAGGGAAGAAGGCCACGGAGGAGGGGCUUGUGGUGGUUAUUGUUCUGUGUUAUAAACUCUGGGAAAUUCCAUCUCUUGCAUAUUUGAUCAGAUAGUGACAUCUUUCUGUAUAUAAACUCUUUAACUGCUAUUUUAGGGACCUUGCAGUUUGCACAUAUUUGUUUUGUAUCAUGACAGUAAAUAUUUGCAGGAAAUCCCACUCAUUGGCUUUCCCAGGUAACACGUUAUGGUACGCAUGCCCAGUUUGCAGUCUACCGUUUUUUUAUGUAACAUAAAAUAAGUGUACCUUUAUAAGUACAUUUGAUUUUAUGAUUUGCAUUUAUCAUGUAAUUUUAAAAAAAUAAUCCAUCUGAUUUAGUAUAUGUUGAUAUAAGAUCUGCUUUUGAUCUCCUUUUUGCUUAAAUACUCUUACUGAUAAUUGAAUUACUUGAUAUCUAGAACUCUUGAAAACACUGGGUGUUAUACAUACAUCAUCAAACCUGGCAAAUUUCCUUUCAGGAAUAACAAAUGAGCAUGAUUCCACAGCUUUUCUAGGAUGUUUGCUGACAGAUUCUCUUUUAGUAUUAAGAAAAAUUCUCAUUACAGAAAGUAGCCCAGGCCAAUUUAUAAUUAAAUCUCUAUUUGAUCCAGUGAUGCUUCUAAACUAGCAUUGAUGUGUUAAAGAAGUUUGGUCUGUCUUUUUCAUUUACUUCAAUUAGUAACUCAGUUGUUAGAGUUUUAAUUCUGUGGUAUGUACAUUGGAUUCAUGGCUCUGUUGUGCAGCAUUUUUAGUUAUGUGACAGUUGGCAGAGUGACAGCAAGAUUUUCCCCCCUUUUGGUUUCAGAAGGACAUGAAUAGUAUGUUUAUUGUAACUCAUGUGAACUAUAUAUAUGACUUUUAAAAUCAACUCCCUUUUUUCAUAAAUGUUGGUAGUAUUUGUCCAAGUACCUCAGUUGUAACUUGUAUAAUGUUUAUGAAUAUCUGUAUCUUAUGACUUCCGUAAAUGGCUAGUUGGUAUUCAGAAACCUAUAUCUGUCUGUGUUUUGAUGGGUGGGAGGGGAGGGGAAAAAAAAAAGAACACUAAAAGACCACUUGAGAAAGGCUUUCAGAUUCUGGUACGUGUGGGAAAAUACUGUUGCAAUGAAAAUCUUGAUAAUUUACUGUAACAAGUAGCCAAUAACUUAUUACCAAAACCAACUUGUACAGACUAAUAAAUCUUUUCCACAGUA